UUAAUCGUCGUAGUCGCGAUAGUCGCGUGUCCAGCAAGUGAAGUGAGAAGUGAGAUAACUGACGCGCAACGUGAGGAUCGGCCUGUCUUGUAUGAAAAGAAGAGAAAAAAGCAGAAGAAAAGAGGAGCGCGCUCGCGCGUAUGUGUGUGUUGUAUGUAUGAGGAUUGUGAGGUGAAUUAGGACACGCGGAUGUGCAUGCAAUUGCGCAUCUCAUAUCGAUGAUAUCGCGUUCGACGAACGACUCCCUGGGCCGAAGGGAACGAAUGAAGUAAAAACAUCGUCAUAAAAGGAGGUUGUGUUGGACGGCGCGAGCGAAAGUGUCUGUGGCGUAUAUAUACGCGAUACAAACUAGCUCUCUCUCUCUCUCUCUCUCUCUCUCUCUCUUUCUCUUUCGGUGCGCAAUAAUACAUACGUAUAUCAGUGAAAGAGACGAGAGUGCGAAUAUUUGCUAAUUGCACGUACGACGAUAUCGGGGAACGAAACGGAGUGACCGUGCCGCGCGACGAGAUCGUGAGUGAGUGAGUGAGGGUAAAAAAGCAUAAAUAUAAAAGAGAGAAAGAAAUCGAGAAACAUCGAGAGCGCUCAGGGCUUUAGUGCGGCGUGUGCGGACCUCGUCUGUUCUGUUCUGUUUACCAAGGUUAAAGAGAACGAGACGAUAUCGUGGAUGCCUCGUUAAAAUGGCGCUGAUCGGCACCGUUGUCGGCCCAUAGGAAGAGAGAAAAAGAAAAAAGAGCAGCAGUUGCGGCCGACCAUCGACGAUCAACGUAUACCGACGACCACCACGAGAGGAGCCUGCUGCAGUGCAUUGCUUGACGCAGAGAAAAAAGCUGGUGAGAAUUGCGACAGCAUUGGCGUGCGACGUAAACGUAUACAGUGGCAGUGAUCUCGGAAAAAAAGAAGGAGGUUUGCUGGUUCGACGCGACCGCGAUGCCCGUGCCGCAUCGCCACGCUUCUGACGUGAAGAAACACUUUGGACGGUACUCGGGCACAUCGACGGAAGAGGCUACAUUAUCACGGAGAGUGGUUGGAGGCACGGAAGUACGACGGCUCGUCGCCAGAUAUUAAAUUUACAAGGAGUCAUUAAUACAUCAAAAUGAAAAUCGAUCGCAGUAGAUUGAAAAAAUGCACUUCCGAAGUGCCAGCAGAAUGUCAGGCACUCAUAAGCAAAUUGCGCUCUUGCUCGCAUGCAGAGCUGCUAGAAGAACUAAAGCAGAUAGAUGCAUGGACAUUCGGAAAGUGCGAAUUAUUCCAUUGGAUUGAUGUCUUAGAUCUCAGUGACAGUAUUUUAGAAGAAGCUGCAACAAGAAGUCCAGAUAAUCCAUGGGAAUUAGCAUGCGAUCUUCCUCAGAAUCGAGAGGCAAAAGAGCUGCUUCUUUGGGUUCUCCAUUUCACAACAUUGUUAAUUGAGCAUUCAUUUUCACGGCAUUUGUACAACAGCAUGGAGCACUUGGUUACUUUACUAUCAAGUUGUAACAUGAAUGUAGUCCUUGGUGUAUUAAAUCUUCUGUACAUGUUUAGUAAACGCAGUAAUUUUAUUACACGUCUAAAUAGUGACAAACGGCAAGCUUUGCUCAGCAGGCUUAUACAUCUAGCUGAGAGUUGGGGAGGAAAGGAAAAUGGUUUUGGUUUAGCAGAUUGCUGCAAGGAAUUUCCAGAAAAAGCAUUUCCAACAAGUGCUACAACGUUACACUUUGAAUUUUAUGCGGAAAAUCCGACUGUAACGGAGCCAUCGGCAACUGGUACAUUACUCUCUAGUACAAAGAAAGUUGGUCAAAUGAAUCUUGUAACAUAUAUACAUAUAGAAAAUGUUGAUAAACUCGGAAAAACCCCAGCACAGAUUAUGAAUGAUCUGUUAAAAAUUUAUAAUGUACCUCAGGAACGACAGAUGGCUCUAUUGACACAUAUAAGACUAGCGCAUAGUUUUUCGGAUUAUCGAAGACGAUUGCAGUGCGUGCAAGCUCGGCUUCAAGCUUUAUCCGUACUUGUAUACAGCAACGCAUUGCAGGAAAAUGCACACAGUCUUCUUCACGCUGGACUUCUUGAAGAGCUUGUGGAACUAUUGGAAUUACCACAUACUCACCUUGUUGAGAUACGCGCGGCAGCAUUGCGUACUCUUACGAGCAUCAUACAUUUAGAUCGGAAUCCACACUUUCCCAAAAAACCAGGUUCACGAUUGAACAUGAUUAUUGACGUCACUGGAGCUAGCUCGUAUCACGGCUUUCUACCUGUUUUGGUUCGUACUUGUAUAACAACGUUAACCUCACCACAACCAGAUGGUCAACCAUUUCCUCUCCCGCUUGCGACAGCCUUAUUUAGUUUUUUGUAUCAUCUUGCAAGUUACGAGGCGGGUGGAGAGGCUCUUGUAAGUUGCGGCAUGAUGGAGAGUCUUUUAAAAGUCAUUAAUUGGCCAGGAAGUGAACUGGAGCAUAUAACGUUUGUAACAAGAGCAGUGCGUGUCAUAGAUUUAAUAACAAACAUAGAUAUGCAAGGUUUUCAAACUCAUAGUGGUUUAGCUAGUUUCAUCAACCGUUUAGACAUGGAAGUUAAUGUGUGUCGGAAAGAACAGCCGUUUGAAAUAGAGCCAUUGCUCUAUCAGGAUGCACCACAAACCUCACGUGAAAGAUCGAUAGAAAGGGAGGAAAGCUCUUCCACAUCACGCCGGGAACAUGAGACUUUCGAUGAACGAGAGGAAUCGUCUAAUCCUAUGGAAAUAUCAGAAGAUGAAAAUACAGUUGCCAAAGCAGAUGAGAAGAACGAGCAGCAACCAGAUUAUUCUGCUGCCAAGACUGGCAAAACGUGUUUACCACAACGAGCAGCACUCCUGAAAUCAAUGUUGAAUUUUCUCAAGAAAGCAAUUCAGGAUCCGGCAUUUUCUGACAGUAUACGACAUGUUAUGGAGGGUACAUUACCAUCGUCUCUGAAGCAUAUUAUAAGUAAUUCAGAAUAUUACGGUCCUUCGUUAUUCUUACUUGCUACUGAUGUCGUGACUGUAUAUGUUUUCCAAGAACCGUCAUUAUUAUCAUCUCUACAAGACAACGGCUUGACUGAUGUUGUACUUCAUGCUUUACUCAUAAAAGAAGUUCCUGCCACUAGAGAAGUAUUGGGCUCUUUACCUAAUGUGUUCAGUGCUCUGUGUUUAAAUCAACGCGGUCUUGAAUCCUUUGUGAAACGGCGACCAUUCGAACGCUUAUUUAAAGUACUUCUCUCGCCUGUUUAUCUUUCGGCAAUGCGACGGCGACGAAGCGCCGAUCCAUUAGGUGAUACAGCUUCAAAUUUAGGCAAUGCCAUGGAUGAGCUGAUGAGGCACCAACCAAGUUUAAAAGUUGAUGCUAUUGGAGCAAUUAUUAAGCUACUCGAAGAAUUGUGUGUAUUGGGCUGUGAUCCACGGUACAUAUGCUGGCGUGCUGCUAGUAAAUCUGAAAAUUCACCAUCAAACACGGCUUCUGGAAAUCGUCAAACAUCUGGUCAAUCAGUCGGCGUUGGAGUAGGAGACUCUGGUGGCGGUGGUGGAGGAGGCGGCGGUAGCAGUAGUGAUGAAGAAGAAGAAGACGAGGAGGAAGCUAGUACAAGUUCGCAUCCUCAACGAGAAGAGCAACCUAGCAUGUCACCUCAACAGCCUGGACCGCCACCUCAACCAAGAGAGAAGACUCCCAUUGCUUUAGUGGAAUAUAUUCACAAUGUUAUGAAAUUUGUGGAUGCUAUACUCAGCAACAAUUCAACCGAUGAUCACUGUAGAGAAUUUGUUGCUCAAAAGGGACUCGUUCCACUAUUAUCGAUUUUGGGUCUACCUAAUUUACCUGUUGAUUAUCCUGUCGCACAAGCGGCCCAAUCUGUAGCUUCUGUAUGCAAAAGUAUCUUGAAUCUCGCACAUGAACCAUUGGUACUAAAAACAGGUUUGUCACAAUUAAAUGAAGUGCUAAAUUUGUUGAAACCACUUCACAACAAUUUAGAAUCCCCUGGCGCCUCUGUUUUGUUACACGAACUUGCGUCAGCUCCAAAUCUGGAAACCGCAUUUACAAGCGACACUGCUACGCCUUUGUUACACGCUAUGAAUGCAGCCCAUGGAUACGUAGUGAUGUUUGUUCAUGUUUGCCGUACUAGCCAAAGUGACAUCCGAAAUCUUUCUAUGAAUCACUGGGGUUCCGAAUUGGGCUUGACCGUCCUCAAAGGUUUGUCGGAGCUUUAUAUGUCUCUCGUUUGGGAGAGUACAUUACUCCUCGCAUUAUGUAGCGAGGAUAUUAUUCCGGCCGGAUGCGAAUUUGGCAAAGAAGACAUGGAUAAAUUGAUGCCACCCGAGUUAAAAACCGAGGGCGAACCUUCGGCCUCUUGGUCCGCUAGUGUAUCCUCGGAUAUGGGAAGUAAUGGGAUGACUACGGCCAUGGAAGCUCUUAGCACAGAUCCGCCGCCGGUGCCGAUGGAGGUAGACGACAAACCAAAUGUAAACACCGACAGGCCCAACAACUAUCAGUUAAAAUAUAUCAAACCUUUACUUGGCGCUUCUUCAAGACUUGGCAGAGCACUUUCAGAACUAUUUGGUCUACUUGUCAAACUUUGCAUGGGUUCUCCCGUAAGACAACGUAGAGGACAGCAAAUGCCUCUAACGCCCACGUUGCCCUCUCAGGCAGCGCGAAGUGUUGCCACUGCAUUGAACUGUUUAUUGACACGCGGGUUAUCGUGGGAUAAAUUACCCCCAUCACCAAUUCCCAAAUUUAAACUCACUUUUCUCAUAUGUUCAGUGGGAUUUACAUCACCGAUGCUCUUUGACGAGAAGAGGCAUCCUUAUCACCUGAUGCUUCAGAAAUUCGUCAAAUUGAACGGUCAAAAUGCAUUUUUCUCUACUUUUCAUUGGGCUUUAUCAGGUGGAGGCCAUUUUGCGUUAUCUGAAGGACUGGAACAUCCGAAUCUACCUGAUGGAACUGGCGAGUUUUUGGAUGCCUGGCUGAUGCUGUUGGAGAAAAUGGUUAAUCCUAAGGCUAUCUUAGACUCACCCCACGUGGUCUCGUCAAAGUGUACGGGAAUAUAUAAAGUAUGCGAGACGUUCGAUCCAAUAAGAUACCUCAUCGAUAUCCAUAAAAAAGCUUUCGAGGCGGUGAUGCUGAUGUGGGGUAAAAAACCACUCAAAAACUACGGAGCUCGCAUGACAGAGUCUAUUUUAUCGAUUUUACGACAUAUUCUACGUGGCGAGAAAAUCAUCAAGGAACGCACGGAAAAGGAAGAAAGCGGAGACAAUGCGAUAGCUAGUGGUAGCGGUGCGAGUGGCGUUGGCAGAAGUGGUGGAUCUGAUCGUCGUGACGAACCAGAGGCGGACGUCAAUCCGGAAUAUUUGAGACAACUGAUGGAUAUGGGCUUCAGUCGAGCACAUUGUAUAGAAGCGUUAUUGCACACGAUGACGGUAGAACAGGCAACCGAUUACCUCCUAACGAAUCCUGCGACUCUACGUAGACCCGAUGCUCCAGUAAGCGACGCCAGUGGUCAAGGUUUGAUCAUGGAUUUGGAAUUGGCGGACGACGAUCAGAUAAUGCAUGCUAUUGCAAUGUCGCUCGGCGAUACAGAUACGCGUAAGAUUUCGGGUAUUGAAGAAAUUCCGUCUCGCGAAACGACCAUCACCGAAAGUAUAGACGAAUUUACGCGUAGUGCACUUGGGCAAUGUCUUAAUCUAUUAGACCUCAUGCCGGACACGGUAUAUAGAAUUUGCGAUCUAUUAGUGACCAUCACCAAGAGAAACGGCGAUGAGUGGCGAGAUGAUACGUUACGGCAGUUGAUACGCGAGGUUGGACGUCUAGUGAAUUACCUGAUUGAUAUCGCCGAGAGCCAGGAUGAAAAUGCCGGAGCCCGAUUGGUGGAAUGCGAAGAGGCGAAUAAACUUUCUGGCCGCCUUUACCUUUAUACUCUAUUCUUUGAAGGUUCGUUUCAGGAGAUGCGAGUGCCAUGUGCUCUUAUAGUGGAAGAAUGCGCGAUACUUGACAAACUUGUACGGUUGUUGGUGGUGAGCGAGGCUCCGCUCACCGCGAACAAGAAUAGAAUCGCUAAAGACUGCAAGGAUACCAGCGCUGUGUUGAGUAUGAAGACACCAAAGUGGUUAGCGCCUUUGUUAUUGCUCAUCGACCGACUGGAAAAGGUGGCCACACUUACGCAACGAAAGCAGAUGAUGCAUAAGAUCACGACCAAAUCGUGGAAGUGGUUUGACUUAAGUACUGGUAAAUGGACCCCCUAUUCGCCUAUGAAUAAUCGAAUCAUCAAUGACGCAUAUUGGGCAGGCGAGUCCAGUGUGCGAAUAUCAUGCAGUCGACGCCGAUAUCUCAUCACCUUUUCUUGCAUGACACAAGUUAAUGAAGAUAGUGAUAACAGACGGCCCAUCACAAUGGGCUUCAAGCUCAGCACAGAUAAGGAGGAUGGUGGUUCGGGUUCCGAUUCAAAUAUGGAUACCGACGAGAGUCCGGUAGGAGAGGAGAGACGAAAUACAGUGGUUCAAGGAUUAGAUCCUAGUAUAGCACCGAGUAUUGUACGCGCGUGUGUAAAAUUUUUGGCAAUCCCAGUCGAUCGAGACGCGUUACACGCUGUGUUGAAAGUAUGCCUACGGCUGACGAGAGAUUAUCGAAAUGCGGAGGUAUUCGCGCGGGAAGGUGGUGUUAAGUUACUCCUCGAAAUGACGCAGAUGUGCAGUUUUACCGGCUGCAUCAAUUUAUGUACAUUACUGAUACGACAUACUCUUGAAGAGCCACGCACCCUUCGCCUUGCAAUGGAGAAGGUCAUUCGUGCGCGCACGCAGAGCAACAUACCUCCUGCAUAUAAAGAGAUACUUUUUAUGACGCGACAGAUCAGCAGCGCUGUUUGCCGUAAUCCAGAAGUAUACAAAGAAGUGUGCGAAAAUAUCCUUAGAGUUGACAUAAGUUGCUUAAAAAAAGAUGAUGUUGACAAUAGGCUAGUUGUAAAAGCCUUACCUCCUAGUCACUCUCCAGCAUUACCGAUGGUAGAAGAGGUAUCUGUAGGUGUUAUUCGUGAUAUGUUAAACGCAUUGAUUAAGCCAAUGCCAAUGUUGUCGGAUGACGGAUCAGCAACCCCAACAAGCCCCGAAAAGAAGACAUCACAUACGACAACUCCAUCGAUGGGUAACACAUCAUCAUCGGCAUCAUCAUCACGGCGAGAUGUACUGAGAAAUAAUGCAACAACAACUAACGAUCCUUUGGACGACGACGAUCAAGUGUCGCAAAUUAUUCCUCUAAAGAUUUACACUGACCUCGGUAACAACAGCAAGAUAGAACCGGAGGAGGCAAAGAAGCCUAUUUUAACAAAAUCUGCGAUAUUAAAAAUAUUGGCAGAAGCUGUGAGAUCUUACGGCGCUGUAGCUAGUCUUAUCACCGAACAUACGUAUAGAGCUGGACAAAGCGAGAUGGUAUCUGAAGACACGACGGCUUUAGCGUUCUUGCUAGAUAAACUUUUGCCGAUGUCGCCGGAAAAUUCGGGCGAUCGAACGUGCAGUAGCAUGGCGAGAAUGUUGAUUGCUGCGAUAGCUUCGUGCAAUCACUCGCCGGAUGUACAGACGACUUUGGUAACAGAAGUGAAGGCAGCUUUGACGAGAACGCUCGCGCUUCCGGAGAGUUCUGAGAAGCACGCGCAGCUUCAAUUACUAAUCGGGCUGAUCUCUACCAUGAUUGAUAGUUGUCCGCCAAAUAUGUCACAUACUCAGCUAAGGGCUUCUUUGAGAGCCCAUCAAUACAAUAACGUUAAUUACAUCGUCAGAAUAAUGCUGAGAAAGGGUAUAAUCACCGACUUGGCCAAAAUACCGCACAGUCUCGACUUGUCGAGUCCGAAUAUGGCUGGCACGAUUAACGCCGCGUUGAAACCGUUAGAGACCUUAUCGCGCAUUAUCAAUCAACCAAUACCGGGUGCGGUCAAUAACAAAUUUACGAAGCCGAAAAAUAGGACAGUUCAGGAAGAACCGAUUGGAGAACAGACAGGCACUACGACCUCCGAAGCUACGCAUGCCGUAGGAGAGGAAGCGAAUGAGGACGCAGAGAAUACUGAGCAUGAUAUCUCUGUAACAGCUGAAAGCUUGGAACCGACGUCGGAGAGUCAGGUACAUGAGGAAGGAGAUGAGGCUGCAUUGGAGGAUAUCAUGGAUCAACUUCUCGAAAGGGACGGCUCGGCCGUGGCGGAAGAACCAUCUUCUCGCCCGCACAGGCCAAUGGACAUCGAUGAUGAAAGUCUCGCAAUGCGUGACGCAGAGGGCGAUUUUGAUCCAACUCGAGAUACCACAGAGGACUUAAUGAGCUCGGACUCUGAUUCCGAUAGCAAUCCGUCUGAUGAUAAUGAGGACGAGGUGCAGGACGAUGAGGACGAAGAGGAGGAAGAGGAAGAUGAUGGGGAAGAAAAUGAGGAAGAAGAGGAAGAAGAGGAGGAAGGAUCGUCCAAUUAUGAAGAAGAUGGAAUAGAAUUUUACGAGGACGUUGGAGAGGGCGGUGUUUUUCGUAUGUUUCCUUCUUCUGAACGCGAUGGUGGUAAUGUCGUAAUGAUACAACACAACAUUGAAAAUCAGGACAUUGCGAAUACAUCGACGCCAGUUAAUACGCGACCUAGUCUUCCAUGGAAUACCACAUUCCCGUUACCAUUAGGUCUGUUUGAAGAGCCGCCUGCAGGUUCUGAAAACAAUGGUAUCAGUACUCAUCCAUUAUUGAUAUCGCAAGGAAGUUUGGACACUGCAAGUACUAGAACGCGUGUUUUACGACGUGCUAGACAGUAUCAGUACCUUCAGUUAUCCAAUCCACGUAGUUCAAACCCACCUGUAAUAUUACAAAGACUCUUAGGUCCAGCUGCACAGACUCUCCCUUUAUCCGCCAGUCAAGUUUUAGCGUCAAGCUUUAGAGAUACACGUGUUGUCGUAAUGGAUAAUGGAUUGGGAAUAUUUACUAAUCAAGAGGAAGAGCAAAUCGAUUAUGUUGAUCAAUCUGGAUAUCUUUUUGGUCCAAGCCUUGCAGCAACUUUGAAUAAUAUACCAACCGCAUUGCAUUGGUGGAUCGAAGAGAGCAAGCAAUUAGACGGAGAUUCUCAACCGGAUUGUUGCGUUGGUGUUGUUCAUAAGCUGAUACCUGGACUCGAAAAGCACAGGAAUGCCGAACUUGCUGAACGCAAAGAGAAACGUAAAAAACAACAUGGAUCAGAAAAAGAGAAUGAAAAGGAUAAUAAAGAAGAAAAAGAACGUUCAAAUACUACCGAUGUUACAUUGCCCAAUUUGACAUUGGAUGAACAGCGACCAUCAGCAUCAACCUCACUACGAACCGACGUCACCCCACUUGUUGCUGGAGAAGGAACUGCGGUAGAAACAACAAGACAGGAGCGCACUCCGGAAGAGGACAUAAUCGAUGUAACAGGUGAAAUGGAAGUAACGGUUCAAGAGGAUGAGGAACGACCACCUCCACCACCGCCAGAAGAACAGUCAGUCUCCGAUAGUCGUGAUCCUCGCACGGUAAAUCGGAAUUCCACGUUAGAGUUGGCUGAAAGUAUCGUCGAUUCUGUACUUGGACCGUGCACAUCUGAAGCGACCAUUAGAUUAAACCUACAUGUGUCUAAUGACGCGCCUACGCAUCUUGCUUCAACAGGGCAGCCUGGGCGAAGUAACGUAGAAACAACGAAUGUUCCCGAAUCAUCGUCUAAUCGUACUUCGGCUGCACCAUUAGUAGUAGAUUUUGGUCAAGAAACUAGCGAGGAUCUGUCGAGGGAGAGUAGUGAUUCGGCCGAUUGGAUUCGCAGACUCUUGACGGACGACAGUCAGUGUCGAACAAGCGACAUUGAUUUACGGCGUGAACGAAAUGCCAACGUUGUCAAUCAGGAUCCGACGUCGUCAAUUACGGCCGAGACCGCUACUGCGGCAGGGACUUCAGAACAAUCACAGCAACCGUCGCAACAGCAACCACAACAACAAUCCAGUAAUCAGGAGCAACAACUACCGGACGGUGUGGAUCCGUCGUUCUUGGCUGCUCUGCCUGAAGAUAUGCGCGAUGAAGUCAUUGCCGAGCAGCUCAGGCUGCAACGUAUGAGGCAACGCGCACAGGCUUCUGUAGUCGAGGAGCUUAGCGGACCGGUUGAAGUAAAUCCUGAAUUCCUAGCUGCUUUACCACCGGCGAUACAAGAGGAGGUCUUGGCACAACAACGCAUGGAACAGCAACGACAUGCGGCCGCAUCGGCGAAUCCGGAGGAUCCCGUGGAUGCUGCCGCUUUCUUCCAAAAUCUGCAACCUUCCCUUCGACAAGCUAUCCUAACUGAUAUGGAAGAGUCUCAAAUAUCCGUCCUUCCACCAGAUUUAGCUCAAGAAGCUCAAAACUUAAGGAGAGAAUGGGAAGCUCGUAAUCGACACAUGAUGCAAGAAAGAUUCCUCAAUCAUGUUAGUCAAAGCAAUACUGCUCUCUCAAGCAUAUUAAGAAAUUCUGGUAGAGCUCGUGGAGGUGGUACUCGAUAUGCGAUUCACGCCGUUCCACAACGAUCUCAAUGGAAUACUUGGAACGCUCGCGGCGAUACAAAUAUGGCUCAUCAAGGCGCUGGCUUACGAUUAAGAGGCCGUCAAUUACUCGAUCAUGAAUCGAUGGCAUGCCUGCUUGUGUUAUUAUUUGUUGAUGAGCCAAAAAUUAACACGCUUAGGCUUCAUAGAGUGAUCAGAAAUCUUUGUUAUCACGGUAGCACAAGGGAGUGGAUAGUGAAAGCAUUACUAAGCAUCAUGGAAAGAAGUAACGAUGAGAAUAAAGAUAUAAUACCAGAUUUCAGUGGAAAAUUUAAGAGGAAAGGAUUAUUAAAUGCUCCCAUGGAUUUAUGUUCUCCAAAGAUUUUUGACCAAAGAAAUAACACACAAUCAUGGCUAAAUAUUAGUAUCGAUGCUGCACUUGGUUGCAGAGCAAAUGUAUUUCAUAUAGUACGCCAUGCUGGUAAGAAAUCUGAAAGGCAAGGUAAUAUUAUUGCAAUUCAUCCGCAAGCUGCACCUACUGUAUGCAGGCAUACUUUAGAACUGUUGAUUUCUCUCGCUAAGAGUUUCCCUGGAUAUUUUGUGCCAAUAAAAUCUAAGGAUUUAGACGAUAAAGAUAGUGGUAAGGAGAAGGACGUGAGUGGCUGUAAAGAGGAAGGCGGAGCGAAAAACAAGUCGGCAUCUAAAAUAGGAAGAAGCGAUCUUCCAGAUUUCUGGGAUUUGCUUCUGAAAUUGGAUUCAUGUGCAUCCAAAAAAGGAAAAUCAGUUGCAAGAACUCAUUCGAAUACGAAUUUGGGGACUGAGCCAGAACAUGGCACAACUUCAUUUGAAGCUUCCGCAUUCGGCCAGCUUAUCUCGAUGCUCAAUUGGUCUGUGAUUAAGCGAAGCAGUCAAUUGACAGAUAAGUUGUUGCGACUUCUGUCUUUGAUCUCUAUCGGCUUGACGGAAGUAAAUCCCUAUCGACGGCAGGAAGGUGGUGUAAAGAAUAAGAAAACUGAAGUUAAUAAGGAUCAGAGUGUCGCCGCGCCAGAAGGACACCUCAAGCUGGCCGUACAGGUUUUGACUAGUAAAAGUUGUUCCGAGGAUGGACUUGAAGAUGCAACUGCACUAUUACUUAAUCUAUCUCAUUGUCCUGAUCCUACUAGACAAUUAAUAUUAAAAUUACUUUUGGAAGGUGCGAUGGAAUUGGCAAAUAUGGUGUGUGAACAUAUCAACGAUUUGAUGAUGGAAUUAAAAGUUCUAAAUCGUGAAUUAAGUCGAAGAAAUUCUUUGGAGGAUCAACCAUCGACUAGUAGUGGGAAUGGACGAGGAAUUUUAUUAGAUAGAUUUACUAAUGAAAAUGUAGUCGUCACAGCACCGAGUAAAGUUAAAGCCGGAAGUGACCUUCAAUUACCAUCGAUGGCUGCUCUCGUCAGUAAAACCUCUAGUCAGGCAUUUUUUUUGAGAAUACUUAAAGUUAUUGUGCAAAUAAGGGAAGCUGUGCGCUUAGCAAACACCAAGAAAACAAGUAUGAUAUAUAUAUAUAUAUAUAUGUGCGUAUAUGCCAAUGCAUCAGAGUCAGCCGCCGACAAUGCAGACAUCGAUGUACCUAUGGAUACAACACAAGCAAAUACUUUAAGUCUUGAGAAUUCAAAGACAUCCUCUUCUCGUAAUGACGAAGAGAAAACUGCACUUCCAUUGCUGAGUGAGAGUUUAGUAUUAGAUAACUUAUGGGAAACUCUUAGCGCUUGCUUGCUUGAAUUAGAAUACACUCCUGAUCACCAUGCCGUCCUUGUUUUACAGCCUGCAGUAGAAGCAUUCUUCUUGGUGCACUCAUCUUCAAGUACGUCUCGAGAUCGUGACAGUCGUCUUAACACAACUAGUGAGAAUCGAGAAGUGGUACCAGACUUAGCACCAGUCUCUCCAAUAUAUUCGGACAAUGAAGGUACUUCUCAGUCGGAAGCUCCCACUAAUGCUUCUUGGGAUAUCACACCAGCCCCGCAGAAAACAUUACCACCGGAUCAACUAAAGUUCCUCAAAUUUGCCGAAACACACAGAACCGUGCUCAAUCAAAUUCUACGACAAACGACUACACACUUAGCAGAUGGACCAUUUUCUGUAUUGGUGGAUCACACAAGAGUGUUAGACUUCGAUGUGAAGAGACGUUACUUCAGAACAGAAUUAGAACGGAUGGAUGAGGGUAUACGUAGGGAAGAACUGGCAGUUCAUGUUCGUAGGAGUCACGUUUUCGAAGAUUCAUUCAGGGAGCUUCACCGAAGAAAUGCUGAUGAAUGGAAAAAUCGCUUUUAUAUCGUCUUCGAAGGUGAGGAAGGGCAAGAUGCGGGAGGAUUGCUGCGGGAAUGGUAUGUCAUCAUUUCGAGGGAAAUCUUCAAUCCAAUGUACGCUCUGUUCACCGUUAGCCCUGGCGAUAGAGUAACAUACAUGAUAAAUUCAUCUUCACACUGUAAUCCCAAUCAUUUGUGUUAUUAUAAAUUUGUCGGUCGAGUAAUUGCUAAGGCUAUUUAUGACAACAAAUUAUUAGAAUGCUAUUUCACGCGUAGUUUCUAUAAACAUAUACUUGGCAUACUCGUAAAACAUACCGAUAUGGAAAGUGAGGAUUAUAGUUUUUAUAAAGGACUCGUUUAUCUUACGGAACAUAAUAUUUCCGACUUGGGGUACGAGUUAACGUUCUCCACGGAGGUGAACGAAUUUGGUGUCAAUGACGUGCGAGAUUUAAUACCAAAUGGACGCAAUAUAAUUGUUACAGAAGAGACCAAACUUGAAUAUAUUAGGCUCGUAUGUCAAAUGAAGAUGACUGGAGCAAUUCGUAAACAAUUAAAUGCAUUCUUGGAAGGCUUUUAUGAUAUUAUACCUAAACGACUGAUCUCUAUAUUUAAUGAACAAGAACUUGAAUUAUUGAUCAGUGGCUUGCCUAAUGUAGAUAUUGAAGAUCUUAAAGCAAAUACCGAGUACCAUAAAUAUACUGCUACGUCUUUACAGAUUCAGUGGUUCUGGCGUGCAUUACGAGGUUUUGAUCAGGCAGAUCGUGCCAAGUUCUUACAAUUCGUUACUGGUACGUCCAAAGUGCCGCUACAAGGUUUCGCCGCGUUAGAAGGCAUGAACGGUGUACAAAAGUUCCAAAUUCACAGAGAAGAUAGAUCAACAGACAGGCUUCCAUCUGCCCAUACUUGUUUCAAUCAACUGGAUCUACCAGUGUACGAGACAUAUGAUAAAUUACGUACAAAUCUACUCAAGGCAAUUCACGAAUGCAGUGAAGGAUUUGGAUUUGCAUAAGCUUACUGAAAUGCUGUUGUCGUAUAUUGUAGCAGUUUAUCAUGUGUUAUUCUGCCUGUUCAGAGUAAAGUACAUUACGAGAACUCGCUCCUUACAUAAUCACGCGUUUAUGCGGUCACGCGUCCAGUUCACGGUGACGUUCUGGUGACACGCUUGGUCUUCAUUCAAGAUCUAAUGGAAAAUUCGAUAUAUACAUAUAGACGUACGGAUAUGUAUAUACGUAUAACUAAUUCUGAUGUAAUUACGUGAGAAUAACUGUCAAUGAUACCCGAAGCUAGGGUUUAUUUUGUUGAAGAGGAUCUUGGAAGAAGAUGCUGAGCUUAACGAUAAUUCCCAACAAAGAAAGAUAAGGAGAGAUUAGUUCAGUUUUACGCGAUAAGGAUAAGCUAAAGAUAAGAUUCACACAUAAUUGUAAUAGUUAGAUACAUUAGUUUGUCAUAAGAAAUAAUAUAGGAUGAAAAAAUGUAAUAUACUGCACUUUGAAGUCAGCGAUGUUUUAACCGGUUCGAUAGAUUGAAUAGAGAUACAGAGCGGUGGUAACGAUAAUCUGGUUCUUUACCAGAAAAAAAGCAGCAAAAGUAUAAGUCGAUGAAUGCUUGUGAGAAUGAAAGAGAAAUAUGAGAGAGAGAGAGAGAGAGAGAGAAAAUUUAAUCGAGAGAUACUGAGCCUAAUUAAAAGAUUUCAAUAUGAAUGCUGUCCUUCCCUAAAAACUGUAUGGUUGUACGCACUAUUAGUAUUAAUAAUUGUAACUAAUUCUUAAUUAUAGUAAUCAUUAAAUAUCGUUUUAAUAUUAAUCAUUCUCGAAAUGUGAUGUUAAACAAGUGUAAUUUCUUUUUCUUGAGAUCUAACGAAAUAAAAUUUACAGUUGAACAGACGUUACUUCAUAACACACAUCGAAUAAUGGAAUAAUAUUAGUGAAACACACCGCACACAGGUACCGUUAUAGUUAGUUACGGAACUCCUUACGAAAUUGUUAGGGAAUUAUUGAUUAGAAAUCGCAGAAUAAAGUGAAUGUUGUAUUUCUUAUAAAAAAAAA